CGACAGUAUAUCUAUCCCAUACUGCAACGGAGGGCUUGGUAGAGUUUACUUACGUCAACAAUCAAAGUUGAGAAAGUGUAAUACAAGGACUGACGGCAGUUGCAAGCAACGGUAGUUGCAAGCAACUGAACCAGGCCACCGCCGCUCGCCGGUUAACCAUAGUUACCUCAACACCUUACCUCCGAAGGGUCGCAACUAUUCCUAUUCCACGCGGUAGAGCUAUCCCAAAAUCCCCGAUCUAACCCCAAUCCACCCCGGAUUGUCUGCAGAAGCACAGCAGCAUUGCGCUAUUUGGGUUUAGGACCAAGACGAUCACUUGCAGUCAGAAACAGCAACAAAAUGGUGUCGGAGCACACUCAAGACCUCGUUUACAGGCGGGCAAAUGCCAAACCCGAUGAUUUCUGGGGCACGCAAGCAAAGAAUGUCCACUGGCAUAAAGAACCAGAGACGGUUAUUAAAAAGAGCAAGAAAACACUCAAGGGCGGUGUCUCACAUGAUGACUGGACCUGGUUCCCAGGCGGAGAGAUAUCCACAACGUUCAAUUGCGUCGAUCGUCAUGUCAGGCAUGGAAAAGGAAGCAACAUCGCUAUCUACUGGGAUAGUCCUGUGACGGGAGCGAAAGAGCAGUUCACAUACUACCAGCUCCUCCAAGAAGUGGAGACGCUGGCCGGUGUGCUGAGGGAGGAAGGCGUGAAGCAAGGUGACGUCGUACUGAUAUACAUGCCCAUGAUACCAGCUGCGCUUUUUGCAAUGCUCGCCAUUGCUCGACUCGGUGCGAUUCACGCAGUCGUUUUCGGCGGCUUUGCCCCUGCUGCCCUAGCACAACGCAUCGAUGCAUCUCGCCCCAAAGCGAUCAUGACGGCGUCAUGUGGAAUCGAAGGCUCUAAAGGCCCCUCGGGGUACAAAAAGAUAAUCGAGGAAGCCAUGGAGAGAUCGACCUUCAAGCCAUACAAGACAAUUAUAUGGCAAAGAGACGAAUUGCGCUGGGACCCAGUCUUUAAAGAGAACGGUCAACGCAAUUGGCAGAGACUAGUGAAGAGUGCAAGGAACAGGGGACUCAAGGCGGAUGCUGUGCCUGUGAAGAGCGAGGACGGGUUGUACAUCAUCUACACCUCUGGUACGACUGGCUUACCGAAAGGUGUUGUGCGAACGGCUGGCGGGCAUGCCGUUGGGCUUAACUUCUCUAUAAAAUAUCUAUUUGGCGUACAUGGUCCCGGCGACGUCAUGUUCACCGCCAGCGAUAUUGGCUGGGUCGUAGGACAUUCCUAUAUCGUGUAUGCACCCCUGCUAAUAGGCGCUACCACGGUGCUCUUCGAAGGUAAACCCGUCGGUACUCCAGAUGCCAGCACCUUCUGGCGGAUCAUUGAAGAGUACAAAGUCACUACUAUGUUUACCGCGCCAACCGCACUGCGGGCUAUACGUCGUGAGGAUGGAGAGAACACUUUCUUCGAACAGGCGUACGGCGAGCGGGGGGGUCUCAAGUCGCUGCGAGCCUUGUUUCUAGCUGGCGAGAGAAGCGAACCGAGCAUUGUAGAAAUGUACCAGAAGCUCCUCAAGAAUCACUGCGCCGAAGGUGCUGUGGUUGUGGACAAUUGGUGGUCGUCUGAAUCUGGGUCCCCCAUUUCUGGUGUAGCACUCAGUGCGACUGCAGGGGAGGACUUUGCGACACAGCAACGCGAAAGGCCGUUGCCUAUUAAACCAGGCUCGGCAGGCAAAGCUAUGCCGGGCUUCGACGUACAAGUUGUGGAUGACGAAGGCCAUCCGGUUGAGCGUGGUCAGAUGGGCAACAUCGUCAUGUCGAUACCACUUGCUCCUACAGCUUUCACUACUUUGUGGGGCGACGAGGACAGAUUUUACAAGAGCUACUUGAAGAGAUUUAAUGGGAGGUGGGUCGAUACAGGCGACGCUGGCAUGAUCGACAACGAUGGAUACAUCUCCAUCAUGUCGAGAUCAGACGAUAUAUUGAACGUGGCAGCCCAUCGAUUCAGCACUGGUGCGAUAGAACAGGCCAUCACGUCUCAUCCAAACAUCGCUGAAGCUGCGGUGGUGGGCAUCCCAGAUCAGCUAAAGGGUCACCUCCCAUUUGCCUUCAUCACUCUCUCCACGCAUCAGCACCCAGAUGCAGCAGUGCCAGAUGAAGAACUCUCCAAGGAAGUGCAGAAACUGGUCCGCGAUCAAAUCGGUGCCAUCGCAAGCCUAGGUGGCAUGAUCCAGGGCAGAGCCAUGAUACCAAAGACGCGUAGCGGCAAGACUCUCCGUCGUGUGCUACGGGAGCUGAUUGAAAACGCAACUCAUAAUCAAUUGGACAAGGAGGUUGCUGUCCCAUCUACGAUCGAGGACAAGGAUGCUGUAGAGGUUGCUCGAUUGAAGGUGAGGGAGUACUUUAGGCUGAAAGGGAAGGACUUGCACAAGCCCGCAGAGGCGAGGGCGAAGCUGUAGAGCAUUCACUUGGGUGCUCGCGCCCAGCUUGCUACGCGUGUCCUUGGUGCGAUGGUCAAAGGUAACAGGCGAUGCUGAC